GGAGCACUUCGAUCAGUCGAUCGUGUCAAAGAACAGAGUGACAUUUACCCCCCUUUGCGCUCUAUUAUUCGUUGGGGAACGAAGUCAGAUUUCGGUGGCGAAAUCUUUCGACGGCGAUGUCAGGAAAUGAUCACAAUUCAACAUCUAUUUGGUUUCUGGUUCCGUUUUGGCCUCGGGGAGCAGGUUCGAACAAGAAGUUUCAUUUGGGUCGUACAGCAAUUUUGACAUCAUUUGCUUAGAGGAAACGAGUAACUUGCCUUGAGCCUGAGGGAAGAAAUGAUGCAGCCACAUGACAGUGACAAAAAUGAAAGGAGUUCAUGCACUUCCAUUAAGAACGACAACUUCGAUAUGCCACGGACAUCGGAUGAUAGUACAGAUAAGGAUGUUGAUAUUGUACUUUGCCGUGUUUGCCAUUGUUCUGAAUGUGACAGAAGGGGUGAUGCUGCCUUGAGUUUUUUAAAUAUUGUUCCUCCGUCACAAGAAUAUCUGGAAAGCAAUGUUGAUGGAGACUCCAGUGAUAAACUUCCCAGAGAGUGUACUCUAAAGGAGGUCAACAAUAAUAAGACAUCCCAGGAGCAGAAGGAAUUUAUUGAGUUCGUAGGUCCUGAAGGCGAGAUAUUUGUUUGCAGUGCUGAUGUAGAAUCAGGUUCAUACUUUAAUCAAGACACACUAAUUGAUCUAGGAUGUUCUUGCAAAAAUGAUCUUGCUCAGGCACAUUAUGCUUGUGCUCUGAAGUGGUUUGUAAGCCAUGGUUCUACCGUGUGUGAGAUUUGUGGAAGUGUGGCUAAGAAUGUAAGGGUGACAGAUUUCAGAAAGGUUAUGGCAUCUUUGAAGGAUUACGAAGAAUUAAGGAAUAGGACAGCAACCGGAGAAUUUUCAUAUUCACAUGUGGGGAUGAAUUCAGGUGUCGAUCCUGAUGCUGUUGCUGCUAUCCGAAGACAAAGACUGAGUGAAAUAUCAUUGUGGUUCAGUCCUCAUAGUAAUUUGGUAACAGUCUCCCAGGAAGCUUUAGAAGAAUUUCCAUAUAAUCCAACAGAAAAUGUUGUGAAUAUGGAGACUCAAACGGCCAAAUGGGCUUUGGAAGGUACAGGGAUUUUAGUUGCCGUUGGACUGGUCACUGUUAUUCUCACAUGGUUUAUUGCUUCACAUGUUGGAAAGAAAGCUGCUAGAUAUGGUUUUAAUAUUCUUCUUGGAGGUGUAUGUGCUUUGGUGGUUGUGAUCUUUCUUAGAUUUGUUUUUCGAACAAGAUUCAAGUAUGGAGCAGCACGCUACUGGACAAUCUCAUUUGUAUUUUGGUUUCUUGCUUUUGCAAUAUGGGCCUCUCGGACUCGGAACGUUCGGUCCACAUGAUCCUGCGACCUAUAUUCUUUGACAAUGGACCAGGCUUUCAUCAUCGCUUGAUUGCUGUUUGGCAAUAAGACACAGACAUUAGUGAUAAUGUCGGUAUUGCAUCGUCUAAAGGAGCCACAGUUUUUGGUUGACAUCAAAAGAUGGUUCAAUAUCCUGGUGGCAAAGAUGAUGCCAAAGUUGUGCGGGAUAUGAUUUGUGUAUACAACUGCGCCGUAGAUCCAGACGGCGUGCGUUGAGGUAUAAUAGAAAUGUGGUUGUUAUGCAUUCAGGCUAGAUAGUUUUUCAUAUUGCCUAGUGAUACAUACUCAAUUUUGUGUUUCAAACUUUCAACCCUAUCAUAGUAAGGGUUUUAAUGCAAUGUGCACGUCGUAGAAUCGAUUUGUUACUGAGUGCUGUCAAUACGACGAUAAUGUCAUCUCCAUGGGAGUUUGCAUCGA